CACGUCACCAAUACAGAAGAGCACAGGAUAUGCGUCCAAUAACAUCUUGAACAUUCUGUUAGGCGUACAAGAUGCUUGCUGUCGUUGGUUUUCGAGCUUUAAGACAGAUUGUUUCACAACAUGGAGUUCCAAAUCAUUCAAUUAGAAGUAUAUCAAGCGGGUCGCAUUUAGUCCAGAAGAGCGAUAUGCCUGUCCCAAUGGAGAACCCUUACAAGCAACCAGAGAAGGGCUGUGUUCUCACCGGCAUUACUGUGGACUACAGGAAUGUUCAGCUGCUGUCCCAGUUCAUAUCGCCUCAUACUGGUAGAAUCUAUGGAAGACACAUAACAGGUUUAUGUGGAAAGAAACAGAAGGAGAUCUCAAAAGCAAUCAAAAAAUCUAUUUCCAUGGGUUUCAUGUCAGUUACCCACAAGCACCCCCAGUUUAUGAAAGACCCCAACAUAUGUGACAUCAGACACCUUGAAUAAUCAUCUUAUAUUAUGGAAUCCAAUCCUGAAUUGUUCAUAUGAAUUGUUUAUUAAAGUAUUUGUUAACCCUGGAA